AUGACACAUAAAAGCACUGCAAAACAAAAAAAUAGUAAUUCCAAGUCAAAACUUUUGGAUCCUGACGAAUAUCUCGAAAAUAAUGAUAUAGAAGAAGACUUAAAAGACUUUACAGCUAUUAUAAAAGCUACUCCCUUCACAGUUGCUAAUAAUAUCAAAGGAGUUUUAGUUCAUCACGUCAAUUUGACACGUUCAGUAAUUGUUUACUUUGUGACGUUAGAUGCGGCUGCAGCAGCUUUACAUAUGACCAUUCCUGAUCUUAAGAUAGACACUUUCUGUGAUUUCUCUAAAUACAAAACUAAUAUGCAAUUUAACGAAAGGACUAUUCAUAUCAUUGAUAUUCCUUUACAAAUGAAACCUGCCAAUAUCAAACAAGUUUUGCUAAAUAUGAAACUGUUACCGAUUUUAAAAUGA